AUUAUAAAUUCAAGGUGUUGUUCUUCUCAUAACACACAUUGUGUGUUUAACAAUAAAAUUUCUUUUGUCUCCAAAAUAUUUUAUCUCCUUCAAUUUAAUUUCUCAACACAAACAAUGUCUGAAAGAAAACCAUGGACAAUAGAAGAAAAUCAAAAGUUUGAAAAUAUCGUAUUUACUAUUCCGCUGGACGAUCCUAAUCGCUAUGAAAAGAUGGCGGCGCAAAUGAACAAUGGGAGGACGGUUGAAGAAUUGAAAGAAUGGACUGAACUCUUGGAGAGGGAUUUGGUGACCAUUAUGAAUGGCACAUAUGUCCACCAUGGCAUAUAUGUCUAUCAUGCAUCUGCUGCCGCUGGAACGUCCUCUACUACCGCAGCGGUGGUGGUGGCUGCAAAGGAGGAAGACAAAUCACCUUCGACUUAGAUUGACUAGGGGAUUAAACCACUGGCGGGACAGGACCGGGGAAGAAUAAGAAGGGGAAAUUAGUUUUAUCGUUGCUCAUCUAGGCCUAGCUAGUUUAUUCAAAUAAUCUGUGUAUUGUUUUUUCUUUUGUGUGAUCUAUGUUGCCUAGGUACGGGUACAGUACCGGU